AUGUUACGCCAUGGGGUUGGGGUCUGUGGGAAUUGGUGUUCACGAUGCACUGCCACAACUGGUGAGAAUUACUGCUGUGUGUGUGCGUGUGCCAUUGAAAACCCUGAGUCAACGCCUUAGAAAACCUUAGUAAACCUUUAGUAAACGCUGAUACAUACCCUGAGUAAAAACUUUAGUAAACGCCUUAUCAACCCGGAGUAAACCCGUAGGAAAACCGGGAGGAAACGCCGGAUAAACCCUUAGUAAACCUUUUACGUAAACUCCUUAUACACCCUUAGUAAACAACCCUUAUGUACACUCCUUGUAAACCCUUAGUACUCCUUGUAAACCCUUAGUAAACUCCUUACUUAAACCCCUUAGUAAAUUCCUUAUAAACCCGUAGUAAACUCCUUAUAAACCCGUCAUAAAACUCCUAUAAACCCUUAGAAACUCCUUAUAAACCCUUGUAAACUCCUUAUUAAACCCUUAGUUCAAACUUCAAUUUAAACUCUAGUAAACUCCUUAUAAACCCUUAGUAAAUCUCCUGUAAACCAUUAGUAAUCCUUGUAAAACCCUUAGUAAACUCCUUAUAAACCUUAGUGAACCCCUUAGUAAACUCCUUACAAACCCUUAGUAAACCCUAGUAAAACUCCUUGUUCAACCCUUCGUACAACUCCUUAUAAAACCCCUUAGUAAACCCUUAGUAACUCCUUUAUAAGUCCUUAUAAUCCUUAUUAAACCCUUAGUAACUCAUUAUAAACCGUUAGAAACUCCUUCAAAACCCUUCGUAAACUCCGUAUAAACCCUUAGGAACUCCUUAUAAACCCUUCGUCACCGCCUUUAUAAACCCUAGUGUAAAUCCGGAUACACCUUAGUAAACUCCUUGUAACCCUUAGUAAAGCCUUAGAGACUCCUGAGUAAACUCCUUUGUAACUCCUGAGGAAACUCCUGAGAAUAACCGGUAGGAAAUACUCCUCUAAACAUCGUAGUAAAUCCUUAUGAAACCCUGUCGUUAAACUCCUUUAUAAACCCUGAGUUAAACGCCUAGAACCUUGUAGUCAACGCCUGGGUAAACCCUUAGUUAAACGCAUUCUACACCCGUAGUAAACUCCUUAUAAACCGAGGAAAACCGGAGGAAACGCCGGACAAACGCGGAGUAAACCGGGAGGAAACUCCGGGGAAACCGGUAGGCAAACUGCCGGAGAAACCCGGAGGAACACCCGGAGGAAAGCCGUUACGGCCUGAGGGAACGCCGGAGAUAAACCCUGCGGAACAUCCGGAGGAAACCCGGAGGACACGGCCGGAGACCACCGGAGGAAACGCAAGGUACACCGGAGGAAGGCAACGCCGGAGAAAACCCGAGGAAACGCGGAGAAACCCGAGGAAAGCAGGAGAAAACCGAGGAAACGCUCGGGGAAACCCGGGAGUGAAACGCCCGGAGACACCCGGAGGAAAACGCCGGGGAAGGCCGGUCGGAAACGCCGGAGAAACCCGGAGGCAACGCAUGGAUACCCCGGGAGGAAAGGCCUGUAUAAAUCCCGGAGGAAACUCCGUAGAAACCCGGAGGAAACGCGGAGAAACGUGAGAAACGCCGGGUAACACGGAGGAAAACGCCGGAGAAACCCGGAGGAACGCCGGGGAAUCGCCUUAGGAAAGCCUGAGAAACCGUGCGGACACGUCCGGAGAAACCGGGAGGAAAACGCCUGGAGGAUUAACCGGUGAGUAAACGACGUAGAAACCCGCCGGUAAACUCCGGUAGAACCCUUGUGGAAACCUUAGUAAAACGAUAUUGUCACACCCGAGUAAGGAAAAUCGUCCUGUAUAACCCCUUAGGUAAACUCCUUAUAAACCCUUAGUAAACCCUAAGUACACUCCCUGUAAAACCUAGUAACCUCCUUAUAAACCUUAGUAAAACUCCUUAUAAACCCUUAGUAAACCGUUAGUAACUCCUUAUAAACCCUUAGUAAACCCUAUAAAACCCCUUAGUAAACCCCUUAAUUAAACCUCCUUUAUACAUCUUCGUAAAACUCCUUAUAAACCCGUAGUAAAAAUCCUUAUAAACCUUUAGUAAACUCCUUAUAAAACCCUUAGGACAACCUCUUUAAUAACUCCUUAUACAUCCGUAGUCAACUCCUUAUAAACCCUUAGUAUAAUCUCCUUAUAAACCCUUAGUAAACUCUUGUAAACCCUUCGUAAACUCCUAUACACCCUUAAGUAAACUCUUAUAAACCCUUAGUUAAACUUCCCUUAUAAACCUUAGUAACUCCUUAUAACCCUAGUAAACUCUUAUAAACCCUUAGUAAAACUCAUUAUAAAACUUUAGGUAAACUCCUUGCAACUUUAGUACACUCCUUCUAACCCCCUUAGUAAACUCAUUAUACAUCCUUAGUAAACUCUUUAAACCCUUAGUAAACUCCUUAUAAAACUUUAGUAAACUCCUUAUAAACCCUUAGUAACAAAAACAAAACCCUUGGUAAAACCCUUAUAACCCUAUAAACCCUAGUAAACUCCCUAGAAAACAUUAGUAAACUCCUUGUAACCACCCUUAGUAAACCUCCUUAUAACCAUUAGACAACCCUUAGUAAACUCCUUAUAAACCCUUAGUAAACUCCUUGUAAAUCCUUAGUAAACUCCUUAUAAACCCUUAGUAAAAUCCUUAUAAUCCCUUAGUAAACCCUUAGUAAACUCCUUACAAACCCUUAGUAAACCCUUAGUAAACUCCUUGUAAAACCUUAGUAAACUCCUUAUAAACCCUUAGUAAACCCUUAGUAAACUCCUUAUAAACCCUUAGUAAACCUUAGUAAACUCCUUGUAAACCCUUAGUAAACUCCUUAUAAACCCAUAGUAAACCCUUAGUAAACUCAUUAUAAACCCUUAGUAAACCCUUAGUAAACUCCUUGUAAAUCCUUAGUAAACUCCUUGUAAAUCCUUAGUAAACUCCUUAUAAACCCUUAGUAAACUCCUUAUAAACCUUUAGUAAAGUCCUUGUAAACCCUUAGUAAACCCUUAGUAAACUCCUUGUAAACCCUUAGUAAACUCCUUAUGAACCCUUAGUAAACUCCUUAUAAACCCUUAGUAAACCCUUAGUAAACUCCUUGUACACCCUUAGUAAACUCAUUAUAAACCCUUAGUAAACUCAUUAUAAACCCUUAGUAAACCCUUAGUAAACUCUUAGUAAACUCCUUGUAAACCCUUAGUAAACUCCUUAUAAACCCUUAGUAAACUCCUUGUAAACCCUUAGUAAACUCCUUAUAAACCCUUAGUAAACCCUUAGUAAACUCCUUAUAAACCCUUAGUAAACCCUUAGUAAACUCCUUGUAAACCCUUAGUAAACUCCUUAUAAACCCUUAGUAAACUCCUUGUAAAUCCUUAGUAAACUCCUUAUAAACCCUUAGUAAACCCUUAGUAAACUCCUUAUAAACCCUUAGUAAACCCUUAGUAAACUCCUUAGUAAACCCUUAAUAAACUCCUUGUAAAAGCUGACUUAAUAUAAAGUGUUCCUCUGUCUCCGGUAGCGGGGGAGUACAGCCCCUUAACAAAGGGUACCUUCAUGUAAAACAUGUUAUGUUGUUUUGGUCUCAGGUAUCAUAGGGGAGUAUAUGCUUCCGUUAUAACCCCCUCUUAUACCCUUUUUAUGUUGUUUGUACAUGCUACCGUUAUAACCCCUUUAUAACAUGUUCUGUUGUUGUACAUGCUACAUUUACAACCCCUUUAUAACAUGUUAUGUUGUUGGUAACAUGCUACCCGGUUUAUUAUAGCCACCUUUAUAAACAUGUUAUGUUGUUGUACAUGCUACUGUUACAACCCCUUUAUAACCAAUGGUAUGUUGUUGUACAAUGCUACCGUUACAACCCCUUUAUAACAUGGUUAUUGGUUGUUGUUAAGGUAACCGUAGGGGAGUACAUGCAUACCGUUACAACCCCUUUAUAACAUGUUAUGUUGUUUGUACAUGCUACCGUUACAACCCCUUUAUAAGCAUGUUAUGUUGUUUACAUGCUACCGUACAACCCCUUAUAACAUGUUAUGUCGUUGUACAUGCUACCACUUGGACACAUUCAACCCCUUUAUAAACAUUGUUAUGUCGUGUACAUGCUACCAUUACAACCCCUUUAUAACAUGUUAUGUCGUUGUACAUGCUACCAUUACAACCCCUUUAUAACAUGUUAUGUCGUUGUACAUGCUACCAUUACAACCCCUUUAUAACAUGUUAUGUCGUUGUACAUGCUACCAUUACAACCCCUUUAUAACAUGUUAUGUUGUUGUCUCAGGUACCGUAGGGGAGUACAUGCUACCGUUUGAGGAGGAGAUUGGCCAGCACACGUCUCUAGGGGACCUUCAGGAUGUGGUGGUUCACAAGAAGAUGAGACCGGUCUUCAAGGACACCUGGCUCAAACACCCUGUGAGUAACACUGGAGUAACACUGGAGUAUAGUGCACCAGAGCGUCAAGCCGCCAUUUUCACAAUGGUGCCUGUUUUAGUAAAGUUCGAUCAAACCAGAAUUAAUGUCUCGCAAGAACACAAAACGAUGAAUUAAUAUUCUACAUAACAGAAUCAAUUAUAAUAGCGUAAUGUCAUUUUACUGUUUGACCAAAAACACCACCUCAUUUGAAGGAUGACCUGAAUGUUCUCAUGCGGCUAAAACAGUUGGUGCCACCAGGCUAAAUAUCCUAGUUUGUCUACUCUAUUGUAAAUUGGAUCUUCCUACUUUGGUAUUUGAGGGUAUUAAAAAUAGAAACAUUUCUUUAGACAAUACAGUGGGGAAAGAAAGUAUUUAGUCAGCCACCAAUUGUGCAAAUUCUCCCACUUAAAAAGAUGAGAGGCCUGUAAUUUUCAUCAUAGGUACACGUCAACUAUGACAGACAAAUUGAGAUUUUUUUUCUCCAGAAAAUCACAUUGUAGGAUUUUUAAUGAAUUUAUUUGCAAAUUAUGGUGGAAAAUAAGUAUUUAGUCACCUACAAACAAGCAAGAUUUCUGGCUCUCACAGACCUGUAACUUCUUCUUUAAGAGGCUCCUCUGUCCUCCACUCGUUACCUGUAUUAAUGGCACCUGUUUGAACUUGUUAUCAGUAUAAAAGACACUUGUCCACAACCUCAAACAGUCACACUCCAAACUCCACUACGGCCAAGACCAAAGAGCUGUCAAAGGACACCAGAAACAAAAUUGUAGACCUGCACCAGGCUGGGAAGACUGAAUCUGCAAUAGGUAAGCAGCUUGGUUUGAAGAAAUCAACUGUGGGAGCAAUUAUUAGGAAAUGGAAGACAUACAAGACCACUGAUAAUCUCCCUCGAUCUGGGGCUCCACGCAAGAUCUCACCCCGUGGGGUCAAAAUGAUCACAAGAACGGUGAGCAAAAAUCCCAGAACCACACGGGGGGACCUAGUGAAUGACCUGCAGAGAGCUGGGACCAAAGUAACAAAGCCUACCAUCAGUAACACACUACGCUGCCAGGGACUCAAAUCCUGCAGUGCAAGACGUGUCCCCCUGCUUAAGCCAGUACAUGUCCAGGCCCGUCUGAAGUUUGCUAGAGUGCAUUUGGAUGAUCCAGAAGAGGAUUGGGAGAAUUUCAUAUGGUCAGAUGAAACCAAAGUAGAACUUUUUGGUAGAAACUCAACUCGUCGUGUUUGGAGGACAAAGAAUGCUGAGUUGCAUCCAAAGAACACCAUACCUACUGUGAAGCAUGGGGGUGUAAACAUCAUGCUUUGGGGCUGUUUUUCUGCAAAGGGACCAGGACGAGUGAUCCGUGUAAAGGAAAGAAUGAAUGGGGCCAUGUAUCGUGAGAUUUUGAGUGAAAACCUCCUUCCAUCAGCAAGGGCAUUGAAGAUGAAACGUGGCUGGGUCUUUCAGCAUGACAAUGAUCCCAAACACACCGCCCGGGCAACGAAGGAGUGGCUUCGUAAGAAGCAUUUCAAGGUCCUGGAGUGGCUUAGCCAGUCUCCAGAUCUCAACCCCAUAGAAAAUCUUUGGAGGGAGUUGAAAGUCCGUGUUGCCCAGCGACAGCCCCAAAACAUCACUGCUCUAGAGGAGAUCUGCAUGGAGGAAUGGGCCAAAAUACCAGCAACAGUGUGUGAAAACCUUGUGAAGACUUACAGAAAACGUUUGACCUGUGUCAUUGCCAACAAAGGGUAUAUAACAAAGUAUUGAGAAACUUUUGUUAUUGACCAAAUACUUAUUUUCCACCAUAAUUGGCAAAUAAAUACAUUAAAAAUCAUACAAUGUGAUUAUCUGGAGAGAAAAAAUCGCAUUUUGUCUGUCAUAGUUGACGUGUAUCUAUGAUGAAAAUUACAGGCCUCUCUCAUCAUUUUAAGUGGGAGAACUUGCACAAUUGGUGGCUGACUAAAUACUUUUCCCCCCCACUGUAUGUGUGGGCCUAGGCAGACGUUGCAAUUGGAGGAUGCAUUUUAUGCAUAUUCUAUAUAACGAUAUUCAGUAGGCUACAUCUGUCCUUACAAAUUUUGAGAAAUUAUGACGUCAUUUAAAAAAUAUAUAUAUAGCGAUCCAACACAACAACAAAAAAAUAGCACAACACCACUGAAUACACUGGGAUAAAAUACUGGGAGUGUACAGGAGCUAGUUUACAGGGGCACGGACAGGAUGGAGGGUUAUGUGGUGGAGAGCUGAGAGUUGAUCUGACCAGGAAAGAGGGUUAUGUGGUGGAGAGCUGAGAGUUGAUCUGACCAGGAUAGAGGGUUAUGUGGUGGAGAGCUGAGAGUUGAUCUGACCAGGAUGGAGGGUUAUGUGGUGGAGAGCUGAGAGUUGAUCUGACCAGGAUAGAGGGUUAUGUGGUGGAGAGCUGAGAGUUGAUCUGACCAGGAUGGAGGAUGUGUUGUAGAGCUAAGAGUUGAUCUGACCAGGAUGGAGGAUGUGUUGUAGGAUCUGAGAGUUGAUCUGACCAGGAUGGAGGAUGUGUUGUAGAGCUAAGAGUUGAUCUGACCAGGAUGGAGGAUGUGUUGUAGGAGCUGAGAGUUGAUCUGGACCAGGAUGGAGGAUGUGUUGUAGGUUCUGAGAGUUGAUCUGACCAGGAUGGAGGAUGUGUUGUAGAGCUAAGAGUUGAUCUGACCAGGAUGGAGGAUGUGUUGUAGGAGCUGAGAGUUGAUCUGACCAGGAUGGAGGAUGUGUUGUAGAGCUAAGAGUUGAUCUGACCAGGAUGGAGGAUGUGUUGUGGGAGCUGAGAGUUGAUCUGGACCAGGAUGAAGGAUGUGUUGUAGAGCUAAGAGUUGGUCUGACCAGGAUGGAGGAUGUGUUGUAGGAGCUGAGAGUUGAUCUGACCAGGAUGGAGGAUGUGGUGGAGAGCUGAGAGUUGAUCUGACCAGGAUGGAGGAUGUGUUGUAGGUGCUAAGAGUUGAUCUGACCAGGAUGGAGGAUGUGUUGUAGAGCUAAGAGUUGAUCUGACCAGGAUGGAGGAUGUGUUGUAGGAGCUGAGAGUUGAUCUGACCAGGAUGGAGGAUGUGUUGUAGGAGCUGAGAGUUGAUCUGACCAGGAUGGAGGAUGUGUUGUAGGUGCUAAGAGUUGAUCUGACCAGGAUGGAGGAUGUGUUGUAGGAGCUGAGAGUUGAUCUGACCAGGAUGGAGGAUGUGUUGUAGGAGCUGAGAGUUGAUCUGACCAGGAUGGAGGAUGUGUUGUAGAGCUAAGAGUUGAUCUGACCAGUGUUUGAUUCUAGCUUUAAAUAGACUUACUAUACUAGAAGUUAAUGAUUACAUGUAUAAGGAAUGUAUAUGGUGGGGUCAAUGGAGGGUGGAUAAGAACUAGGGGUAUGGAAAGUUACUGAGUGAGGAAAAAGGCAACAGUCUGGUGUCAGUCACUGAUAUAAGGUAGGACAGCCGUGGAUUAGGGAGGAGGGAGGAAUGUGGGCCGAGGUCAGUUGAAGUGACAAGGAACAGUUCCAUUACACACACCACCUAACUUCCUGCCUAGCAACAGAGAUGUAUUGGCUGUCUAGAUGUGCAAGGAGUUGACUCCUCCUAAUAGGAGAGGGUAUCAAUACUUGUGCUGGUGGAAACAUGUCUUUGUCUUUGCAGCUGUUUGGACCCAGUGGGUUAAUAAACUUGGUUUGAGCUUUUACUAGCUGUCCGUUAGGUUCUGACAAACUAACACCAGGAAAAACUCAUGAUUCUAAUGCUGAGUGGUGAUUUAGGAAAACUAUUAAACUUUUCUGGACUUUUGUUAACUUCCAGUAACCACCUGGUGUGUUUAUGUGUCUCUCUCUCUCUGUGUCCGUCUCUCUCUGUGUCCGUCUCUCUCUCUCUGUCUCUCUCUGUGUCCGUCUCUCUCUCUCUCUCUCUCUCUCUGUCUCUGUCUCUCUCUGUGUCCGUCUCUCUCUCUCUCUGUCUCUGUCUCUCUCUGUGUCCGUCUCUCUCUCUCUCUCUCUGUCUCUCUCUGUGUCCGUCUCUCUCUCUCUCUGUCUCUGUCUCUCUCUGUGUCCGUCUCUCUCUCUCUGUCUCUGUCUCUCUCUGUGUCCGUGUGUGUGUGUCUACAGGAUCUGUCUCAGUUGUGUGAGACCAUAGAGGAGUGUUGGGACCAUGACGCCGAGGCUCGCCUCUCCGCCGGCUGUGUCGAGGAACGCGUCUCCCAGAUCGCCAGGACAACCGUCAGCACUACCUCAGACUGCCCCGUCUCCAUACUAACGUCAGUAACCGACGACGACGACCUACCUCCCAAAGAGUCCAGCACCUGA